AUGUAUAAUAAGUUUAAACCAAUCAUAAUGGAUGACACUACCUUAGGAUCAAUUGAUUCCAAAAGUGUAAUGUUUCUUACUGCAAGUCCAUCAUAAUACAAAACAAAAUAAUAAGUGAUUCUUUCAAGAAAACUCUCUAAAUUAGAACCUUUGAUAAUUGAAAAAGACAAAAGAAGUGAUUCAAGAAGUUAAGAAAAACAAUUAUCAUAUGAUCUUGGUGUUACUUAAGUUUAAGAUUGGAAAUCAUUCAUGUAAAAAGAUGCUGAUUUAAUCAAAGAAUUCAAUGAAACUACAGAGAAAAUAAGAAGAAGUUCAAUUUAAUCUUAACAUUCAUAAAUUUUCAUGUCUUCUACAAAAAUAGACAAAAUUAAUCAAUCACAAUUUAAUGAUAGAAGAUCCUCUAUUAAUUUAAAGUCUUGUGAUAAUGAUGACUUUCUUGAAAAAAUGAAAUUAGGAAAGUAUGAUAAAUAUGUAUAUUCUAGUAAACAGUUACCAAAUUUAACAACGACAGAAUUUAUGAAGUGCGUUAGAUAAAAAGAAAAAUUAACAGAAUAUGCUAAAGUUUAUUAAUAAUCUCCAUAAAAUAUAUAUCUCAAGUUAAACAAUUGUAUUAUGCUUAUCAUUUAUUGAUUAGCUUAGAAUUAUGUACCAAAAACCUUUGGAUUAGUGACUACUUAAGGAAAUCAAUUGAUUCAAGUAAAUGCAUCUAGAUAUCUGAGAAAUAUUGAUGAUUGUAAAGUUUAUGCAGAAGCUAUGAAAACAACAUAAUCAUAAGGCAUCUAGAAAAUGUAAUUAAAUAACAAUAUUUAUGAUCCAAUUUAAUUUAAGGAAUUAUUAUCUAGUUUUCCUAAUACAAUAAGGGAAUUAGAAUUAAAAGAUUGCAAAUUAAAUUUUAAACAUAUGGAUACUUUAAUGGCUUAUAUAAAUAAGAAUUUGAUAUUAAAAUUGAAUUUAGAAUAAAAUUUAUUAAGAGACUAAGGUUGCAAUAUUCUUAUGAAACAUUUAAUGAAUAAUAAUACAUUGUAAUGUUUAAAUUUAUGCAAUAAUAAAAUUACAGAAUCUUCAAGUGUAGCUUUGAGUAAUUUCUUAAAGUAAUCUUAAAGACUUUUAGAAUUAUAUUUAGGGUUUAAUAAUCUCUAAAUUAAUGGAAGUAUCUAAAUUUGGAAAGCUAUGUAUAAGAAUACAAGCAUAAAGAUCUUUGAUAUGUCUCAUAAUGCAAUUGCUUCUUUGGAAUGUGCAUAGGCUAUAGCUAAAGCAUUGUCUCGUUCUUAUAAUGAAUUAGUACAUAUUGAUAUAAGAUAUAAUAAAUUUAAUCAAUAAUAGAGUCUAAUAAUUGCUGAAGGUUUGAUUAAAAAUGAAACUAUUUAUGGAUUUCAUUUUGAAGGUAAUUAUUAAGAUAUAAUAAUGAAUUCAAAUGGAUUUUUAAUUAAUAGAAAAGAAGAAAUGAAAUUAAAAUAAUAAAAAAUAGAAUAAUUAAAUAAAUAACCAUAAUAUUUUAAAUUAUUAGAUGAAGAUAAAUAAGAAGAUUAAAAUAAAUUAAAAACAGAUGAAGAUUUAUGUUUAGCUUAUCAUAGAAGCAGAAGAAUAAAAUCAACUGAAUUAAACAAAUAAAAAAUAAAUAUGAUAAAUAAAUUGGAUGUUUGUUGGAUAUGUGAAGGAUGGUAAGAAAUUAAAUUCUAAUGGAAUAAAAAAUCUGGAACCUUAAAAUCUGAACCAAUAUUUAUACAUUUCGAUUUUGAUGAUUAUAAACCCUAUUUAAUGACCUUUUUAAAUGGAGAAUUCUUCUUUGUAAAAAUGUGUCCUCCUAAUAGAUCAAUCAAAUAUUUCUUUACUAAUCCAAUUCUUGGAAUCUAGUGUGUUGCAGAAGAUCAAAAUAUUUUAUAUUUACAUAAGCCACUCCCUUCUAUUCCUUUUCUAUACAAUAAUGAAAUUUUAGUUGAUGGAAAUACUAUGUAAAUGAUUAAUGAAUUAAUAUCACCAUCCAACUAAGUUUUAUUUGAUAGAUAUGUACCUUUAGUUUAAGCCAAACCAAGAGAAACAAUGACUUUAUUUGAUUUUUCUCCAUAUUUGAAUGUUGCAUCCACUAAAUGGUCAGUUGAAACAUCAAUAUUCAGAUAUUUUCCACCUGAUACUGAUAAAUUAAUAGAGGAAUGCUUUGAAUUUGAUUAUCAAAAUUCAAAAAUAAAUAGGUUGGUAAAAGAAACUGAAUUACAAGAUGUUAAAGAUAUAUUAAAAUAAUUCUAUGUUUAAAUCUUCAAUUGUUACAAGUACUUUGCAUCAGGGAAUUCAACUGCACCUGUAUUAAUAUUAUAAUAAUAUUAUAGAUCCCAUGUUUAGGUCCAUCAGAUUAUGUGGAAUUUCUAAUAUCCACUGAUGUUAUAGAAGGAGUCAAACCAAAUGAUAUAGAUAUUGGAUUUACUUCAACAGCAGGUGCUAAAGAUGUCUAAUUCCCUUAAGCUUAUGAAAAAGGGAUAGUGAGAUGUUAAUUGAUGGAAGUGUUGGUUAGAUUUUGUAAUGACAAAUACAUCAGAAGUGGGUUGUGUCAAACUAUGACUGAAGGAUUAUCAUAAUUAUAAUAAUAAUGCUUAGAGUUUUUAUCUAAAUUCGAUACCUCUUAGGCUUGGAGGAAGAUGAGAUUAUGGAAUGAAAAAUGUGAUAUUCUUAUACGUGAUAGAAUGCCUAUGAUAAAAAUUCUAUAUAAAUAUACUUGUAAAUUAAGUAAGAAACCCUAGUAAUAUAAAUAUGAUUAUAUCUCACCUUAAGAUUUUAGAGACUUUUUAAAAUAAUCAAAUGUUAUUUGUGAUGAAUUAACAGAAAGAGAAUGCUACUUAGCUUACUUAUAAAGCAUGAUAACAUAAAAGGAUGAAUUAUUUUCACCAAAACAUUAUUAAAUGAAUCUUUAUGAAUUUAUAGAAGCUAUUGCAAGAAUUGCUGAAAAAGUAUCCAUUAUAAGAGGUGAAAAAGUUCUUGAAAUUGAAUAUAGAAGAGCUCAAGAUUUGUAGGAUAAAAUAGCUGGAUUACUACUUUUAAUGUAUCUGACAUUGAUAGAUGAAAUUAAAAAGGCUUUGCCUAAUGAACCAGAUAUUAAGCAUCUUGAAAAUUGUAUGAAUAAUGAUUUCAGAUCCAAAAAACAAAAGCUAGAGGAUUCAUUUACUGAUGGAGAUGAACCUCCAUAUGAUGUUAAAGUUGAAUUACCUAUUUUAAUUGCUCAAGUUCCAAAUAUUUAAGGCAAUGCAAAUGGACCUGCCAAGAGAAUGACUAUUCGUAAUAUCAAAUUGUUAAAGCCCUCUAUUACUAAGUACUCUCUCACAAAUUUUGUACAAUUCUUUAUUAGCUUAAAUGAAAGAACCUGA